GUUGACAUUGAUAGUGACAGUUUGACAGUGAAAGAAAAACAUUUGAGGUAAAAAUAUAAAGUACAGUGUACAUGUACAUAAAGACGAUUGUUUUAAGGAAAAAAUGGAAAUGGAAAGAAACAAUGAAUCCAAUACUUUCAUGAAGGAAAAAGAACCAUGCGACGACAUGUGGAGCUGUGUGGAGAGCGGCGUGGGCAGCGGGCUGGCGCCGUGCGCUAGAGGGAAACACUCUGCCACCUUGCUCGGGGGGUACGUGUACGUGCUCGGGGGGAGGGGCGCCGGGGGCUCCGUGCCGCUGCGGGACUUCUGGAGGUACUGUCUUGCGAGUGGGGAGUGGCAGCGGCUGGAGUGCCGUGGCGAGCCACCUCCUGCCCUUCAGGAACACAGCGUGACAGCACACGAGGCGCGUCUGUAUGUCUUCGGGGGGGAAAGCGCGCUCGCCAAUGACACGCCGCUCUGGAUAUAUGACACAGAGACUCAAAUGUGGAGAAAACUUCCUGGUCAAGGCAGCUUCACAGCGACACUCCGCAGACGAGCACCUCGGGACUCUCGGGGGGUAGGAGCUGGACCUCGCGGGAGGAGGGGACAUUCGGCUCAUACGCUGAAAGACUGCCUGCUCAUAUACGGCGGGUACAAAGAUCUGAGAGGCUCUACGAAUGAACUAUGGGCAUUCCACUAUGAAUCGGAGAGUUGGCAGCAAGUGCGCACGGCGGCGGGCCCGGCGCGGCACCGGCACGCGGCCGCGCUGCACGACAACCGCCUGUACGUGCACGGCGGCCAGUGCGACCUGAGGGACUGCGCCGACCUCUGGCACUACGACACCAUUUUUCGUCUCUGGACACAAGUCCGUACUCCGGCCAAACUGUCUCCGAGCGCGAGGAGCGGGCACGCUGGUCUUCGCGCCGGGGCACACUUCUAUAUCUUCGGAGGAGAAGCCAACGGUCACCCCACCAACGAACUCUGGAGGUUUCACUUCGCAAGUGAAACCUGGGAGCGCAUAAGCCAAGGUCUGAAAUGGCCGUCACCGCGAGUGGACAGCUGCGUGCUGCUGGUGCCGGCGCGGCUGCGCACGGCGGGCGCCGGGGCCGCGGGCGCGGAGGCGGGCGGCGCGGGCGCGGGCGCGGGCCGCGGGGACGCGGGCGCCGGCUUCAUGCGGGAGAUCUCCAAGCUGUCGUCCGUGCACAUCCGGCGCGCGGCGCGCUGCAGCUACAGCGUGCUGGCGGCCGAGCGCGACUCCACCGAGAGCCUGGUGCGGCACGAGGCGGCGCUGGCCAAGUCGCACUCCGCGUACGCCAUCGACGAGCGGCAGCCGGCCGACGGCGGCGACAGCCCGCGCGAGGCCGACACGCCCGACCGCUGCGACGUCGCCCGCGAACCCAUCUCCGUGCCGGACUUCGCGGACAUGGUCCUCCCGACGCCCGUCCUGUCGCCCACCGAGGCGGCGAAGCUGGUUUAUCUGGACUCUGAGGAGGAAGAAGAAGCUAAGAGAGAGACGGCGCGGCGGAGGAAGAAUCGAGCUUUUCCUAAGUCCGCGUCCGUGAGAUUCACGAGGGACGCCGCGACCAUCAUAACCAGAGAAGACGACGCAGACCUGUCCACGUCGGACUACGCGAGCGCCGAGCGCGUAAACCGGCUGUCUGGCGCGUCCUUGGGCUUCAGUAAUCCGCAUUAUCUGGGUCCUGAUGUGAGGGCAUUGGGAAUAGCCCUGACGCCGGAUUCCGGCGUGGGUCCGGCGAUGGAGAUGCAGGAGCUGAUAGCCACGAGUGCGCGGCGCGAGUCUCGCUUGCACCUGCUGCUGGUCGGCGGGAAGGAGCCCCCGCACAGGGCUCUACUGCAGAGCCCGCUUUCAAUGUGGACCUAUAGACUUCUGUAGGUGGUCCUCUCAACUUUUAUCGUCCACUAGCAGCAUAGACUACUAGGCCCCUCGGGAAUUUUUUGUAGAUUAGGGGGAUUUACCUCUUUGUGAAAAUUAUAUUUAGAUAGGUAGAGGACAGACACAGUAUUUAUAAGAAAAGUCGACUCGAAGGCCGUUUUCGGACUUUUGAAGCGUUUCUCAUUACUGACAAUUUGAUAAACAUUGUGACGUCCAAAAUAUAUUGUAGGUAGUACAUAGGUCUUAAGAAUUGUCCGGGGUACAACAAUGUGCCAACUCAAAGUAUUUUUUGUAAUUUUAGAUUUUUGAUAAAUACUUAAGUCUCUUUUUUCUGUUUUAUACGUUGUGUUAUACUUAUAUGUUUUAAUGUUAUAGUUGUUUUAUAUUUUUGAACUGUUGUAGUUAAUAAGUUUUACUGUGUUAUUCUGAUGUAUUGGUCAUAUCUGAAUCAAUAGAUUUCUAUGGAGACUCAAACAAAGGUUGAUUAUCUUUGAUAUUUCAA